AUGUCAAAUGUUAACUAUCCUAUCUACAGUGCAUUUGCUGCCCCUGUGCAAAACUCUAACCAUUCCAAGCUCGGGAAACAAAUGUGCACUAGAGUGAACCUUUUCAUUGCAAACAAAGAAUGGAAUGCUGCUUGUAUCCUCAACCUCAAGAUCAAAGGUGCAGUCAAGGUCAUUCAAAACACUGAGCAAUUUGACCACCCAGUUAAGAGCAAAGCACCGACAUCAGCUAGAGGUGACACUCCUGCCCUUGACUUAAUUGUCACCAGCCAUUGCCUCAUUGGUCAUGAGGCUAUGCCAGGACCUACCCUGGAGCUCAGCAUGCUCACAAACCAUCAUCUUAAGGUACUUUCAGGUCUAAAUGACAGAAUGAAGUGGGAUGAACAAGACCUUCUUGAUCCAAGGGCAGUUUCUGUGCACAUUUGGUGA